UCAGCUGAGGAUUUCGGUUGCCAGGUAACAAAGUAAAUAAAAGGAAAUUGAAUUUUCAGUUGACUUUAUUUUGUUUCCUUCUCUUGUUAUCUAAUUGGUGAUUAAAUUGUAUUCUUUUGUUUUUAUUUGUGAUAAAAUGGAUGAUAUUUUUGAUGAAGAUGCCGAUGAGUUGGUCUUGAUUAGCAGAGAAUAUGAGAAAUUAAGUGAGAACAUCAGAAAUGAUGGUCUACGCGAUGGAAUCUCUCAAGGUCAAGACUCUGGAUUACAAAGAGGAUUUGAUUCUGGUUACAAUGAGAUAUUUCCUGCUAUUGAAUCAAUUUAUUUUCUAAAAGGUGUCAUGCAAGCAAUUUAUUAUCGUCCAGAAGAAUUGUCUUCACAAUCAAUAGCCGUUGAUGAUGAAGGAAAUAAGUGUCUUGGUGAAUUGUUGAAAGAACUACGAGUAAUUGAGAAAGAUGUUCUCAGAGAAUUGGGAGAAAGACAAACGCUAUCACAAUCAACUGUUGAUUCUUUUGACCAAAUUAAGAAUCAAUUGCUAACAGUUUUGGAGAAAAUGGACCUUCAAAUUGACGAUGAUGAGCUAAUCAACUGUUCCCUCAAAACUAAACACCCAAGUAAUGGUUCAGCAACAAAUGGCUCAUCAAAUGGCAAUUCAGUUGAUUCAACAGCCAAUCGAUUCUUUGAUUAAACAAAUUAUAUUUUUUUGGAAUAUUUUUUCAACAGAUUCUAUUUAUCCAAGCAGAUAUUUUCUACCUUUGAUAUAAAUAUAUAUGUUUAAUUGGAGGAAAAUCAAUUCGUAAAUGUAAACCAGAAUAAUCAACAAAUUAAAAGUCUUUAUUCAAUCCAA